GCUCCACGCGCGUGGAAGGUGCACGGUGCGCAUCACGUUAGCAGCGACCUGUGUUAUGGCUGUCUUUACGUUUUACUCAUUUUCUGUGCGAUUUCACUGCCCCUAAAGUACUGGCUCGCCUACAAAAUUAAUAGUCAAUCAGUCUCAGAAAACGCUGCACUUUAGUGGACACCGCACAGUCAGAAUGGCGCAGGAGAAGUUGAUUGAGGCGCUGAAGAAAGAUGUGCGCUCCCUCCUAGUGUCGGCUAAGGGUGGCCUGGCCCUGGAGCAUCUGAAGCGCGACUACCUGAAGAUGCUAGGCCACCCCCUGCCCCUCGUGGCCCUGGGCUACCGUAAUGUGUUAGACAUGGUGCGGGACAUGCCGGACGUGGUGGCACUGAGCUGCUCCGACGACGGCACCACGCUGCUAAGAGCCGUCAGCAAUGAUAGCACCAAAGGCAUGGAACAGCUGGUAGCAAAGCAGCGCAACUCCAAACCUAAGGGGUCUGCGAAGAGGGUAAACGUGUGGCCUGGUUACCAUCACCAUGCACAGCAAGCCCAAGCCCUGCCCCGUCGCGGCCAGGCACCCCCCGCCAUUCCUGCGCAGUUGCGCAGUCAGCUGCGACAGCUGCUUUCUCAGGGGCCGGUCAUGCUGUCCGAACUGGAGACUUGUUUCUUUAAGCGCUUCGGUCGGCCGCUGCAGGUGAUGCACUACGGCUUCUACUCAUUCGCGGAGAUGCUGGCGGCGGCCUCAGACUUCGUAGCCAUCGAGCAGGGCAGGAAGGGAUCGCUGAUAUCACUUAAGAGUGAUACCGGGUCUUUGAACUAUGCCCAGAAGUGGACAUCGACUGGACUACAGCAAGGACUGACAGCCAAACCCACACAGGACUCAGUGGUUAAGGAUAAAUCCAGGCUGUUGAGUAACUGGGCAAGCGGACCGGUUCUUCUACAUAAAAGUGGCCCCAGUGUCUCACUGGGAGAUGGGAAGCCUCACAUCGAGGGUCCUCACUUACAGCCAGAACCUGAUCAAGAGGAGAGGGCACUUGAAAAUUGCAUCGAAAAGCUGGAAGAGCAGCUUAAGAGUCAGAUCCUUGAGUGUGGGGCAGGUGAUGCUGUCAGGCCGGAGCUGAAGGAGAAGCUGCGCCAGGUUGUUGCUCAGAGAAGUGAUGGAAUAUCUAUACAUGAGCUUCCUGGAGAGUUCAAGAAGAUGUUUGGGGAGGACCUUCCCAUGGCCCAGUGUGGUUUCUUGAGUGUGACAGAGAUGGUGGAGGCUCUGAGUGAAACCCUCUACCUGAAGCCUGGAUACGGCAAGGAGGGGAACCAUUGGAUCAUCACGGACAUCCAACACAGACACAACAGCUCAGGGAGAGAGGAAGUUAAAGGCGCCAAUGCAAUUGAGCCUGCAAAGGAUUCAAAACUCUUUAAACGCAGCUACUCCUCCUGUGGGGAGUCUCCUUGGGACGAGAAAUAUGGUGAUAGGCAACUGUCCUCUGAAGUUAUGGAGGAUGAGACCACCUUCAAAGUUGCCAAAAAGAGUUUUCAUCAGAUGGUUGACUCAUUCCCAGUCACGCCACUACCCCUGAACGGUGGAGGUGCAGUGCCCCUGGAUGCCCUGCUUGACCAGAAGCUGCGCCCUGCCCCCUGCUGGCAGGAGAGGGCACUAGUGGCCGUGCUGGUCGAGAGGGUGGAGUCUCCUAACCACUUCUACAUCCGCUUCGACGGAACGCCAGAGAGCAGGGCACUAGAGAACAUGAUGAUCGAGAUGAGGACCUGCUACACAUGCCCUGAGGUCUCUGAGCGGUACCGGCUGCCGCAGAGCUUCGUGCGACCCGGCCAGGUUUGCUGCCUAGCACUGCGGGAUGUGUGGUUCUACCGGGUGAUCAUCCAUAGGGUUCUGAAUGACAGCCAGGUUGAGGUCUACUACGUGGAUUAUGGAGACUUCAAUACCGUGGAUUGGAGGAACCUGAAACUCCUCAAGUCCUGCUACUCGGAGUUGCCCGCCCAAGCUGUCCUUUCAUCGCUGAUCGGGGUCCAGCCCGUCGGUGGCAGCUGGAGCAAGAGCUCUAUCAGUUACUUCCAGAAGUUGUGUUGCGAGCACCCUCUAGUGGCUAUCAUCCAUAGCUACCAGAAGGACGUCCUGCACGUCUUCCUCUGCGACACUCAAACUGAGGAGGAUGUCUACAUCCACACUGCCCUGAUGACUGAGGGCCACGCCUUCCAGUGCCCAGCCUCAGACAACCAGCACAUCUCCAUGCAGUUCAAUCCCGUGACCCUCUAUCUGGCGACGGGACCUUGUGAUGUUGGGCGCCAUUGGGACUCUCCUGGUAGACCGAGGACAAAUGAGGACGCCUGGUCCGGGCCUGACACACAAAGGGAGACCUGCACAGUGAGAGCAGAGGACGACAUCACUGACCUCCCAGAUCUUGAGGUCAUAGACAUCACUGAAGUCCCCAGGACGGCCCAGGCAAUCCUGGCGAAUCCUUUCGGGGCUCUGCUGUGUAAGGAGUCAGUGCACUGUGGAGACCCGGUGCAGGGUUCCACUGCUGCUGCGAAUGCAAGGAACGCAGAGCCCAAGACUGAAGCGAACCAGAACAAGAACCAUGGAGACGAGACAUCGCUGGACACUGUGGGCAGAGAUGCCGCGGCGCCGGAACUCUUGGGGGUGGGUCGCGUUGGCCAGGCCCCACCGCCCACACCACUCCCUGCUGGAGAGGCAGCACAAGCGGGGGACCACAGGGGAGUUGCCCCUUCCCUGGCUGCGCCGGAGAAGGCCCAGAGCUUCAUCUCCUUGUUUGCCCCUGGUGGUGGAGUGAAAUCGCCCCGGUCCUUUCUGGGGCCCGCGGCCCGCCUGGCUGCUGGGACGCCCUUCCUCCACUGGCACUGUCACAAGGCGUUCUGAGGCCCAGUGGGGCGGGAGGCUGAGGCCCAGUGGGGCGGGAGGCUGAGACCCAGAGCGGACGCAGCUGCACUGGCGGGCAGAGUGCGGAGAGGUAACGAGAGAAGCGGCUGGGGAAGCUGGACUUCACAUUUCACUUCUAUUUUUUUGCCUAAAAAUAAGACAUUUUGGGUUAUAACUUUUCUUUAGUUAGAUUAAUGUUCCUGUGUGAAGGUUAAAUGUGCAAACACAAUCCUCAUAAAUCUAUAAAUUAAGUAAAAUAUACUUAAAAAAGGGACUUUAUUUUUGUUGUUUCCGCCAUCAGGCGGAUUUUAGCUUUUAAGAGAGAAUUUUUGAAUUCCUUUAUUUUUGUUUGCUUCAAUGUAUGGUGAGAGUGUAACUUAAGUUAUCAUUGGUUGAUGGAAUUCGAUCACAUCGUUUGUUGUUGUUGUUAUAUAAGGCUACAGAUAUCUCUGUAGAAAAGAAGAGUUGAAGUGUUUUUUUAUUUUGUCAAUAAAGGGUUUAAGAAAAGC